UCUAUUGGCAGAAAUUCUACAAAAUCGCAGGGAGCAGUGCAGAUUAUCACCGGCUCUGCGCUGUAGCCCUGCCUCCUUCUCCAGGCGAGUAGCAGAAGUAGGUGUUUUGUGUAAGAAAUACUACUUAUAUGAUGUAACCUGCAGUGCUGUUUUUUUUGUGCAAAUCAUCCCAAAUUAGGAAAUGUGUCCAGCAGAUUUUUCUUGGCUUUUCCAUUCAUCUGUAACCUCUCUCACAGAGCACAAAGAGGCACAUGAGCAUUUCGAGAUGUCGAAUUUAAUAACCAAAAAUAAACCAACCCCCGUGCCCGGUCUCUUUAAAAAUAAAAACAUUUAUGACAGUGGAGUUUCUGCUGGUUUUAAAACGUUUUAGCAUUCACCAUUCGUGCAAAGUGAACAGUUCAGAUUAUCUUGGGGAGUUUUUUCUCCAGCAAAGGCGAUGGCUGUUUACAAACAAACUAUCAGAGUUUAGAGGCAUCUGUGCAAUAACUUCCUCACUGGGUGGAGGCUGUAGCUGUAAACAGUAGAAAGAUGAAAGCAGCCGGAGGUUUGUUAGAUGAUAAAAAUCUCUUCUUGCAAAACAAGUUGGUACAGAGAUACAGUGUAAGUGGAUAUUAGAAGGUAAGACCAUAUUUGAUAACCUGAGAAUAAAUUACAAAGUUAAAGGACAUAUUUUCCUAGGCGUAAACAUUUAACACUAUUUUUCAAUAUUUGUAUUUGAAGUAGCGUACAACGUGAAACCCAUUUAUAAAAGCAAACAGAGGCUACACGCUCAGUUACCCAUUACAACCAGGGCUGUGCAGAAUUAAAACCGCCAAGAGCAACUACAACCUUUAGCAAAAUGAAAAGCUGUCUUUAAAGCGGAUCACUCCCGUUAGCUUAAAUAUCCGCAAAGAUGCGUAUAAUUUAGUAGCAUCCACGGAGAUGGGGGCGGGGGGGACAACUCACGAAGUCUUUUUUUUUAUUUUUUACAAGGUUAUUUUACAGACCGAAAAAAAUCCCACACAGGUUUCGAAAGCCGCCGCGAUUAGAUGCGGUACAGAGAUUGUUAUAUAAAAAAAAACUUUGCGUACAAAAAAUAAACAGCAGUCGGCUUAAAAUGCCUUUCCGACCGCUUCUCCACACAGCGCCCAGACUGCACACUCCCUGCUCCCCGAGUGCUCGUCUGCUCAACGGGGCCUCAAUGGCGCCUACGCUUCCUGUGAUUGACAGGCUGGCGUGCGAAUCGCUGAAGGGAACCGAGGGGGAGCCCCCCGGGCCCCAACCAAUGAAACCGCGGCGUGCGGAGAUGGGCGGGGCCCGAGCCAUUACGGACGUAAACGUUGCCUGCAAGAGGAAGAAGUCGAUUCUGGAAGCCAUUACGCUGCGCAGAUCUAUAGAGUAAAUCCCACGGUUUCUACGCACAUUACGUACAUUAUUCUUAAAAAAAGAAGAAUUUCUAAUAAAAUGGCAUCUCAGGCCAAGAAGAGGAAAAUGAAUUUCUCGGAGCGGGAGGUGGAGAUUAUAGUGGAGGAGAUGGAGAAACAGAAGCACGUCCUGGUUAACCACUUCAAUGCCGGUGUCACACACAUCACCAAGAACAACGCGUGGGUCGAGAUCCUGAAGCGGGUGAACGCCGUGACGACCUGCCUGCGGGAGCUGGCCGAGGUCAAGAAGAAGUGGUCGGACCUGAAGACCGAGGUCCGGCGGAAGGUGGCCCAGGCGCGGGCGGCGAUGGAGGGGUCCGGCGACUGCACCUCGGUGCCGGUGAUCCUCACCUCCAUGCAGCAGCGCAUCUGCAACCUGCUGGGGGAGGCGACCAUCAUCAGCCUACCUGCGGGGGACGGGGGCACGGAGAUCACGGUGCCCGUGCCCAUGAGCUCGGCCACCACAGUGACUCUGACCCAGAACAUUCAGACGGCUUCCUCUUCGGCAGCUUGUGAAGUACAGAAAGCGCUAGAAGCCGAGACCACCUACCACGCGCUGGAGGAAGGGGUGGUGGAGUACUGCACGACCGAAGCCCCCGCCGCCGUGGCGACGGAGACCCCGGUGGAGAUGAUCUCGGCCCAGGCCGAGUGCGCCAUCAAGCCCCAGGAGCUGAAGAGCCGCAUCGCCCUCAACUCGGCCAAGCUGCUGCAGGAGCAGAAGGUGACCAACCUGCACGUGCGGGAGAUCGCGCAGCACCUGGAGACCCAGAACGACCUGCUGCAGAUGAUCCGCCGCUCGCAGGAGGCGCAGGCCUGCGCCCAGGAGCGCCAGGCCCAGGCGCUGGAGGGCACGCAGGCCGCGCUCAUCGCCCUCAUUCAGAUGCUGCGCCCGGCGCUGAAGGACUUCCGCAAGUUCCUGCAGAGCUCCGGCGGCAGCCCGGCCCCGGGGCCCGGCACAGACGCCGGCGAGCCCAAACCAAGGCCCCCGGCGCCGGAGGAGGACGCGCAGUAGGACGCCAUCGCGGGCCUGGGCGGGCCAGGCGGGGCCAGACUCUCGUUCGUUCGCGCACAAAGAGAAGAAUUGCCGGUUGCGGCGCCGAGGCGGUGCUCUGUAGUGCAUUUAUUGAAAAGUUAAUAGGGAUUCCGGACUUUUUUUUGUUCCUCCAGCGAGCACCAAGAUGCAUCACGCUGUAUGAGCGGUGCGCUGGUUGCGCAGCCCCCUGGCUGGAGGGCAUCUGGAAGUCGACCUUCGCGCCUCUGUGCAAGCCCCUGCCUGGCCGAGGACGAGGGGAACACCAGGCUUGGCGCACGCGGUUGGACCUAACUGCCCUGUGGGAGCCACCCUCAUCCUGGUGUGGACUUUCGUUUCGGUGGGGGUGGGGAGGGUAUUAAGUGUAACUGUCAGCUGUACGUGAGUGAGAGUUGCAAUUUCACAAGUUUUGUUUUUUUCAAAUGCAGUUCAGCAAUGGUGAACGGUCAGUAUUCACUCGCUCCUGAGACCUGUGCGGACCUCAAAUAACCCCAGCCCCAUGACGGGCAUCUUUCUCUCGGAAAGCCGGUACAAAGGAAGAGGUGUAGAUCAUGACAGACCUCUCUUACACUACCCCAGACCCCUGUGGGCGUGCUGGGAACGGGGGCCGAAUACAGACAGGCGACCGUGUCUGACCGUGUCCGGGGUGAUUUGUUGUGCAGGAGCUCCCCCUGGCGGUGUCUGGCCAGAUGGCAGUUCUUCAGGAGCGCUGUGCGGAAAGAGGCCCGUGGCAUCCCGCACUGUGUAGUGUGUGUCCGGGUCCGUCACGCCGGCGCGGGGGGGGGUCGUUGUCAGGGUUUUAUUAAAUCUAGGACAACACUCAGCUCAUCUUGGCUUGAACUGUUAUUUCAGCACUUGCCUAGUUCUUUUUAUUACUGCCUUCCCCCCUUUGUAUUUUUAUUUUUUAUCCCUGCGGAAGUGAGAAGAGGGAGGAAUGCAUUCAGUCGGGCGUCUUAUCGACUCUUGUUUCGUUUUCCCUUUUUUUUUUCCUUCUCCAAUAAAAAAAUGAUGCCUCCUG